CGCAAAAUGGCGGAUGAAAUUUGUCAAGAAGAGACGAAGUGACAAGGCAACCUUUCUGUCUUUUCGAAAUAUUCUCGGCAAGAAAGCUCACAUAACAGUUUGUCACCAAGUUGUCGUGUCAACCAGAACAUAUUUUGAAGACUGAGAGCAGAAUUUUGACUGUUAAGUUUAGUAGGAAGCUGAAGUUGUUGUACCAUGGCCAGUCCCACCAAAGCAUUCAACCCUCCAGAGCAGGACCUGGACACACUGAGAUACUCCUACAAUGCAGAAUACACAGCUGAUAUAUCAACAAAGAUGAGGGUCCCAGACAAGAUCCAGGUUGCGGAGGGAGAUGAGGGUUACGCUGUCCCGAGCAGGGACGAUUCGCGAAUGCUUCAUCACAGCAUGGACGUGCCAGACCGCAUCAUGGUCGCAGGAGAAGGACAGUACAAAGGACAACACCAGUCCCCCCGGACCCUGGACCUAGACACCAUGCUCCCCUCACAACCCCCUCCCGUCAGCCUGCAGACCCCCCCUCGCACCCUCACACUAGAGGAGCACCUGGAGAGUCUGGAGAUCGAGGAACGCCCGCGGUCCCGCCCACGCACGGCCAGCGGGAGGAAGGAACCCCUCGCCAACCGUGGUAUGCCCAACGGGAUCGCGAUUCCAGAAAGUGAUGCGGCGCCAGCCCUCCCAAACAUGGACGCCGUGACGCCCAUGGCGGAAGAUGAAGUUGAGGAACUCCGACGCCAGCUGUCCAGAGUCGGGAGGCGACUACGGAUCCUAGAGGACGAAAACGAACAGCGAAACCAGCGCGAACUCAUCCUGUACUCCGUUACUCUGGCGUUCUGGCUCAUCAAUGCCUGGAUGUACAUCAGGAGAGACUAGAUGGGGGAAAGUAUCCGGUAGUUCAGUUCAGGCCACUUCAAUUUAUUUUCUUGGGUUUUGGACAUUUUGAAGCACAGUCAAACCUGUGUAAGUGACCACUUCUACUCCUGGCCAGUGGGACCUCUUAUAGUGUGGUCCCUUGGAUAAUUUUUCCCAUUGACUUAAGCAUUAAGGAUAUUGUCUAUAGUGACCACCUGUGUACAGUAACUGGAUUUUUCUGGGUGGUCUUCUUGAACAGGUUGGCGUUCAGUCAAACUUGUCUGUAGGUACCACCACGACAGGUACUUAAAAACAAUGGUCAGAGUAGAUCAGGGUUGUUCAUGCUUGUGUCUAUGGGGAAAAUUCGGUCACUUGUACAGGUGGACUUCACAAGCUCGGAAAAAGAUCAAGAUAAAAACAUAGGGCUUGGAGGAAGACUUGCAUAUGACUCAGGGUUGUAGCCAUUACCUGUCCUUCAGUCCUUUGAAGGAAUUUUGCAUGGGGACUGAAAAAAGUUUUCCCCAUUCCGUCCCAUGCAACAGACAAAAAUUGGUAUGUAAAGAUAUAAGAUGCCA